AUGGCAUUCCUGUGGGUAGUUGCUUGCCUGGCCCUCGCCAGCACCGUCUCCGGGUGCGGGGUGCCCAACGUCAGUCCCUCGGUGGCCUACAGCGAGAGGAUCGUCAACGGGCAGAGCGCCGUGCCCGGCUCAUGGCCCUGGCAGGUGUCCCUGCAGACCUACAGCGGAUCCCACUUCUGCGGCGGCUCCUUGAUCAACCAGUACUGGGUCGUCACAGCUGCCCACUGCAACUUCAACCCGAGCGCCCAUGUCGUCGUCCUCGGGGAAUAUGACCUGAGCUCCAGCGCUGAGGCCGUUCAAGUGAAGACUGUGUCCAGGGCCAUCACCAACCCCGGCUGGAACGCCAACACCAUGAACAACGACAUCACCCUGCUGAGGCUCUCCACACCCGCCCAGCUGGGAUCCCGUGUGUCCCCCAUCUGCCUGGCCCCCGCCGACCUGGUUCUGCCCAGCUACGCCCAGGCUGUCACCACCGGCUGGGGACGCACCAACCCCAACUCUCAAGCCUUGGCUACGUCCCUGCAGCAGGUGGUCGUGCCCCUGAUCUCCCAGACCCAGUGCAUGCAGUACUGGGGCAACCGCAUCACCAGUGCCAUGAUCUGUGCUGGUGGGGCCGGUGCCUCCUCCUGCCAGGGUGACUCCGGUGGACCUCUGGUGUACCAGAGUGCCAACGGCUGGAUGCUGAUCGGCAUCGUCUCCUGGGGAACCUCCAACUGCAACACCAACACUCCGGCCAUGUACACCCGCGUCAGCCAGUUCCGCAACUGGAUCGACACCAUCAUCGCUUAAGGGAUGAAGCUGCCAGCAG